AUGAUGACCCAACAGGUUGCUUCGGCUACGGCUACUCUAUCGAUAUCAUUACUGCUUCUGAUCCAAGCUAUCAUCCAUAUCCAACGGGUCCAUUCCAUUCCUAUACCUAAUUCACAAAUCGGAAAAGCGGAAGUGGAAUGUGGUGAAGAUACGAUUGAAGUGGUGUUCUUGACAGAAAGCGUAUUCCAGGGUCGAGUUUAUGUAGUAGGACAUUCGAAUGACGGACGUUGCGUAUCACGCGAUACGGGUCGUCGAACUACAUCGAUUACGGUUCGGAAGGAUCAGUGCGGUGUCGCUAUUACGAGAUCCAGGAUGAUACUGAAUGUACUGGACGAAAUGCUUCUUUCGGAAGUCUGA